CGCCAUCACCCCGGCACCUGCCAACAUGGAAGGUGGUGACGGCGGCGUCGCUGUAGCUGGCCAAGGGGCUCUGGGUUCUGGGGCGGCGACAGCGACAGUCCGGGAGCUUCUGCAGGACGAGUGUUACAGUGAUUUUUUAAAUGAAGACUUUGAUGUAAAGACUUACACUUCCCAGUCAAUUCAUCAGGCUGUAAUUGCUGAACAACUAGCAAAACUUGCCCAAGGAAUCAGUCAGUUGGAUAAAGAACUACACCUGCAGGUUGUUGCAAGACAUGAAGAUUUACUAGCACAAGCAACUGGGAUUGAGUCUUUGGAAGGUGUUCUUCAGAUGAUGCAGACAAGAAUUGGAGCUUUACAGGGAGCUGUUGAUAGGAUGAAAGCAAAAAUCGUGGAACCAUACAAUAAAAUAGUAGCCAGGACUGCACAACUCACAAGACUUCAGGUUGCCUGUGAUUUGCUUCGGAGAAUAAUUCGCAUCUUAUAUCUCACUAAGAGACUCCAAGGACAACUGCAAGGGGGGAGUAGAGAGAUAACAAAAGCUGCUCAGAGUCUUAAUGAACUUGAUUAUCUUUCUCAAGGAAUAGAUCUUUCUGGAAUAGAAGUAAUAGAAAAUGAUCUACUUUUCAUUGCAAGAGCUCGACUUGAAGUGGAAAAUCAAGCUAAGCGCCUACUGGAACAGGGUGUAGAGACGCAGAAUCCAACCCAAGUCGGAACAGCUCUGCAGGUUUUCCAUAAUCUUGGAACUUUGAAGGAUACGAUUACCAGUGUUGUGGAUGGAUAUUGUGCUACUUUAGAAGAACAUAUCAACAGUGCGUUAGACAUCAAAGUUCUGACUCAGCCUUCGCAGUCAGCUGUGAGAGGGGGACCUGGACGAUCUACUAUGCCAACCCCAGGAAACACUGCAGCUUUUCGUGCUUCCCUCUGGACCAAUAUGGAGAAACUUAUAGAUCAUAUUUGUACUGUUUGUGGACAGGUACAACAUCUACAAAAAAUAUUAGCCAAGAAGAGAGAUCCUGUUUCUCAUAUUUGUUUCAUUGAAGAAAUAGUUAAGGAUGGACAAUCUGAAAUUUUGUACACUUUUUGGAAUUCAGUUACUCAAGCACUUUCUUCUCAAUUUCGCAUGGCAACAGAUUCUUCUAUGUUUUUGAAACAGGCAUUCGAAGGAGAAUACCCUAAAUUAUUACGUCUUUAUAAUGACUUAUGGAAGCGUCUUCAACAAUACAGCCAAAAUAUUCAAGGAAAGUUUAAUGCAAGUGGAACUACAGACCUCUAUGUUGACCUACAACACAUGGAAGAUGAUACACAAGACAUAUUCAUACUAAAAAAGCCAGAUUAUGACCCAGAAAAGGCUUUGAAAGACUCACUGCAACCCUAUGAAGCUGCUUAUUUAUCAAAAUCUUUAUCUCGACUCUUUGAUCCUAUCAACUUGGUUUUUCCCCCUGGUGGUCGCAAUCCUCCUUCCGCAGAUGAACUUGAAGGUAUCAUUAAAACUAUAGCAAGUGAACUAAAUGUAGCUGCUGUAGAUGCAGACCUCACAUUAGCCGUGUCAAAAAAUGUGGCAAAGACCGUCCAGUUAUAUGGUGUAAAAUCGGAGCAGCUUCUCUCCACACAAGGAGAUGCAAGCCAGGUGAUUGGGCCUCUUACAGAGGGGCAGAGAAGAAACGUGGCAGUCGUGAAUUCACUGUAUAAGUUGUACCAAUCGGUAACAAAGGUGGUUUCCAGUCAGAGCUCAUUCCCACCAGCAGCUGAGCAAACUAUAAUCUCAGCCCUAAAGACAAUCCAUGCUCUUAUGGGAAGCGCUGUACAGCCCUUGCUGACUUCAGUGGGAGAUGCCAUAGAGGCCAUAAUCAUCACUAUGCAUCAAGAAGAUUUUUCUGGGUCACUAUCCAGCUCAGGAAAGCCUGAUGGUCCUUGUUCUCUGUACAUGAAGGAGCUUCAGGGUUUCAUUGCCAGAGUUAUGAGUGACUACUUUAAACACUUUGAAUGCUUGGAUUUUGUCUUUGACAACACUGAAGCUAUCGCCCAAAGAGCAAUUGAACUUUUUAUUCGCAAUGCCAGUCUCAUAAGACCUCUUGGUGAAGGUGGGAAAGUACGACUUGCUGCUGAUUUUGCUCAGAUGGAGUUGGCUGUGGGUCCAUUCUGCAGAAGAGUAUCUGAUUUAGGAAAGUCCUAUCGAAUGCUGAGGUCAUUCAGGCUCUCUGGCAGCCACAAGAGUGGGGAGGCUGAGAGGGACCACCGUGGUUGUUCACUUGGACAGGACAUCAGACGACUCGGACACCAGCUUCCCGUCACGGGUCUCGAUCUUCUUCACGACCACAGCCUUCGAAGAGCCGCUGCGGCUGAAGGAACCAGCAGGGCCAAAGCUGGACUGGAAAGAGCUCGGGCCAUAGCUGAGGCCAGGGCUUGUGAGGCCCCCAUAGGCUGAGCUCAGGCCACCUGAGUAGCCACUGGUGGUCUUAGUAUGGAUACUCAUGUUCUGCAUCCCUGGAUGCAGUACUUUAAUUCAAAUUCACACCUAAGAAUAUACCAAUGUAUGGGAAACUCCUUUUCAGUGCUGAAUACUUAGGCCUCCUACCAAUUUAGAUUAUAAGGAACACUGAAUAACUUAACAACUGUGGCUGUUUAUUCAAUAAGCCAGAACAUAUUUGUAUGUAUGUAUACAUACAAAAAGAUGACCAACCCUGAGCACUCAGGGGACCAGACUUGACACCUACACCCAUUUUGUCACCACAGCAUACCAGAUGGGAAACCUUGAUGUAACUGUCCAUAAUAUCCAAGAGCAUAAUGGUCUUUGGAUGUUUCUUUAUAAAGAUAAGGUAAGAGAUUCCAGGCAUGCAGUUUUCUAAAAACAGACUCAGAACUAGAAACUAGAGCAGUCAAUAAGAAGCAUGUCCUUUAAAUGACUGCCUCACUGUCUUAUGUCAUCCAGACUUUUGAUAGUAGAAAAUUCAGGUGUAAUGUCACUUAAAACAUAAGAAUCCAAGGUGGUUGAUUGAAAGGAGAGCCCUCUACUUUGUCUUGCAUAUUUGUAAUUGGCAAAGAUUUCUUUUUAAUGCCAAAACAAGAGACUGAAUUAUUUUUCUCAAAUGCCCAUCUGUACAGAGUUGGGUUUUAAAAAAUAAAGUUGGAUCACAUGUGUUUUCAGAUAAUGUCUUUGGAUCAGCUCAGACCUUUUAAGAAGUAUUUAGAUAUUUUAUUGAAGCAUUAGGGUUUGGCGCUACCAAACGUGGACAGAUUGAAUGAUUAAGAGGUCCUGAGGUCACUGAUUCACCAGUCACCUGCCUGUACCAUGAAAACCCCAAUAAGACUCCCAUAAAGUCACUUAUUGAGUAAUAUGGUAACCCAGCAAUCCCAGUUGGGUGGUAAGAUGCUGAGUUAACAGAAUCAGCCAGCAUACUUGAGGUUAUUAACCAACUAGCUCUUGAAAAAGGUGUGGGAAAGCUGUGAUUUGGGAUUUGCUGUAUUAAGAUUAGGCUAUUAUUUUUGAAAGCCCCGGCUCCCAUGUUUUAUUGUUUAUUGCACAUGUAUGAAUUAAAAUAAUGCUUACCUUUCUG